CGAGUGGCGGGAGAGGCCGGGCCUGAUUUGGCAGGUUCCCUUCUCGCUCCUGGGGCCUGCUCCGUGACUGGUUCCCUUCCCUCUGGCGCCUCGGGUGGGAGCAGACGACAUGGGGACUACCUGGCGGAGCCCUGGAUGGGUGCGGCUCGCGCUCUGCCUCGCGGGCUUAGUGCUCUCUCUCUACGCGCUGCACGUGAAGGCAGCGCGCGCCCGAGACCGGGAUUACCGCGCGCUCUGCGACGUGGGCACCGCGGUCAGCUGUUCGCGCGUCUUCUCCUCCAGGUGGGGCCAGGGCUUUGGACUGGUGGAACACGUGUUGGGCAAGGACAGCAUCCUCAAUCAAUCCAACAGCAUAUUCGGUUGCAUCUUCUACACAAUACAGCUGUUGUUAGGUUGCCUACAGGGCCGUUGGGCAUCUAUCCUCCUGGUACUGAGUUCCCUGGUGUCUCUUGCUGGUUCUGUCUACUUGGCCUGGAUCCUGUUCUUCGUGCUCUAUGAUUUCUGCAUCGUUUGCAUCACCACCUAUGCCAUUAAUGUGGGCCUGAUGAUGCUCAGCUUCCGGGAGGUCCAGAGACCCCAGGGCAAAGUCAAGGGGCACUGAGCCCUCACCCCAAGCCAGGCUGAUCACAUUUGCUCUGCUUUGGCAUGUGACCUUUGCCUAAGGGGGCCAGGUCUGGGUCCUUAGAAGAGUCUGCAGCCUGCCCUCACCAUAUUCCCCCACAGGACAAUGGACCAAUCAUGCCACACUCUUUCCUCCAUGUUAGUGCCUUUGGCUCUGUCCCCAAGGGCUGAUUUCUAAAGCUCCUGCUGUUGCCCAAGAAGGGAAGUUUCAGAACAAUAAAGUUUCUUAAUUAA